AUGGGCUUCACGGAGAUGCCCGCCAACCAGUACGUGGAGUCGGGCUUCUGGAACUUCGACACCUUGUUCGUGCCGCAGCAGCACCCGGCCCGCGACUUGCAGGACACCUUCUACUUGAAGGACCCGGCCGUGGCCAAGGCGCCGGAGGACACGCAGUACUUGCGCGACAUCCAGGCCGUGCACCAGGACGGCAAGUUCGGCUCCAUCGGCUACCGAUACCCGUGGCGGCAGGACGAGUCGCUCCGCAUGGUGUUGCGCACACACACCACGGCCAUUUCCGCGGCCAUGUUGAAGAAGUUGGCCGAGGACCCCAAGCCCACGCGCUUGUUCUCCAUCGACCGCGUGUUCCGCAACGAGGCCGUGGACGCCACGCACUUGGCCGAGUUCCACCAGGUGGAGGGUGUGCUUGCAGGGUACGACAUCACCUUGGGCGACUUGAUCGGCUUCAUGGAGGACUUCUUCUCCAAGAUGGGCGUGGACGGCUUGCGUUUCAAGGCCGCCUACAACCCGUACACGGAGCCCUCCAUGGAGAUCUUCGCCUACCACAAGGGGCUAGGUAAGUGGGUGGAGAUUGGCAACUCGGGCAUGUUCAGGCCGGAGAUGUUGGCGCCCAUGGGCUUGCCCUCCAACUUGCGGGUCUUGGGCUGGGGCCUUUCUUUGGAGAGACCCACCAUGAUCAAGUAUGGCGUCUCCAACAUCAGGGAGUUGUUGGGCCACAAGGUCUCGUUGGACUUCAUAGAGACGAACCCGGCCGCCAGGUUGGACGAGGACUUGGUGGGCUGA